UGCUGGCGCUGGCGCUGGCGCUGACUGGCGGCGCCGGGCUCUGCGCCGCCACCGGCGAGGACUUCAACUGCACGGAGAGCACGUGCGCCACGGUGGUCUGCUGCGACGACCCGAAUGGCGCCAACUGCCCCAGCACUAACUGCACCGCCUCCCAGCUGAAGGUGGUCAGCCCCCGCCAGCCCUGCGACUGCUGCACACGCUGCAUCGACUUCCAGCCCGAGGGCGACGAGUGCGACAUCAGCAACAUCAACAGCUUCGGCGACCUGCCGCGGCAGCUGUGCGGGCCGGGCCUCUCCUGCCAGCUGAGCGGCCAGACGGCCUUCUGCGCGCCCAUCGCGCAGACGGCCUGCGCGGCCGCGCAGAGCGCCUACGACCGGGACGCGCUGAAGGAGCUGAUCCCGGGCAGGCUGCGCCCCGCCUGCGACGCCGACGGCGCCUACCUGCCGGCGCAGCGGAUGCCCGGCCUCACCACCAGCUGCUGGUCCAAGGACGGCGAGCGCCUGUACGGCGAGCGCGGCAGUACGGAAGACGCCACGAUGGGCUGCCAGUGCGCGCGCCUCCACUACGCCGAGACCGACGUCGAGGGCCUCGGGCCACGGCCGCACUGCCUCACCGACGGCAACUUCGACACGCUGCAGUGCAGCAACGCCACCUGCUUCUGCGUCGACCAGACGAACGGCACCAUCACCUCGGUGAUCGCCAGCCGGCCGUUCAAGGACCUGCUGCCGUGCUUCAACGCCACCAUCCACCGCAAGGACUACCUGAAGCCGUGCGAGCUGGCCGCGCAGCAGCUGGAGCAGGAGCGCGCCGACUGGGCACAGCAGGGCUUCUCGCUGCUCGGCGCCGAGCCGCCCCGCUGCGACAUCGGCGGCUUCUUCGACAAGGUCCAGGUAACGCAGACGGGGCAGACGUGUGUGACACCGGAGGGCGCCGACCUUCACUACACGGUGCCACGCAGUAGCGCCGCCGCCGUCAGCAUGACCUGCAACUGCGCCCGCUCCUCCUACCACAUGCAGUCGGCCGGCCAGAUGACGGACCUGCCGCAGUGCUGCGAUAACGGCGACUUCCGGCCGUACCAGUGCCGCGGCCUCUUCUGCUACUGCGUCGACGCCGACGGGCAGCAGUACGGCGGGGCCGAGCCGCAGUCCAGUCUGCAACUGCUCAAGUGCAGCCAGCAGCUGUGCCCGAGCACCGCGGCCGGCUCGCGACCCGACGGCGGCUGGUCCCAGCAGCCCUGGCACUGAUCGGCGGUGGCUGGUCCCAGCAGCUCUAGCGCUGACCGGCGGCGGCUGGUCCCAGCAGCUCUGGCGCUGACCGACGGCGGCUGGUCCCAGCAGCUCUGGCGCUGAUCUGCGGCGGCUGGUCCCAGCAGCUCUGGCGCUGACCGGCGGCGGCCGGUCCCAGCAGUUCUGGCGCUGACCGGCGGCGGCGGGACGCUCGGCCGAGGCUCGCCACGCCCCGCAGCCCCCGCGCCGACACCUGACACGUGGACGACACUGGCCGCUGGACAGCUGGUUCUUGUGUGCCGCUCGAGCCCGGCUGGCGCCAGCUUACGCUCUGGCGACUCAGGUGGCGAGGGGGAGCGAAAGCUAACAAGGAAGGGGUGUUCAGAGUUAAGUAUGUAGCAGGGUGGCGGAAAAGACGCAGGGGUGGUGAAUGGCCUGGCGCACAACAUCUAGUUACAGUGGAGUGACGAAUAAUCAGCGCGAUAUGUCCGCGGGGCCGUGCGGGUCACCCAGACGACCAAAUAACAAUGAUCAAUCCGGGGAAGAACAAUUUUUUCCAGAAAAUGUUUCCCGACCAAUUUUCAAGUAGUUCCAGCACGCUUAGAUUGUGAAACUAUAUGCUGCUGGUGUUCUUGUUGCAUACAUGACUGAAGCAUAG